UUACCAGAUAAACAUGCACAUAUUAUCGUACCAUAAAAAAAUAAAAAAAAUAAUAAAAAAAAAGUAAUGGACAUAUGAAUUCACGUCAGCUCACGAGUCACGUGGCCAUCAAUCUUAGAAAAUUCGAAUAAUUUCAUAAUCGGUGGGGCGAUGCAAAGUCAACACCAACACCCUGUAAAUUGCUGACCUUAAGAUGCCAUUUUAGCCACCGUUUGACUACUUACUCCAGAGUUGAGAAGCUCCAAUCAUGGAGUUCUGGCUCGUCCUCAUCCUUUCGCUCUGCCUCUGUGCAGCCCUCAAACUCGUCGUUGAUGUCGUUUCUCACAACAAAUCAAACCAAUCAAAGCUCUCUCUUCCACCAGGGCCUCCUAAAGUACCCAUAAUCGGCAGUUUCCUCUGGCUUCAGAGAUCCUCCUUCUCACAAAUUGAGCAAAUCCUGAACAAUCUCCGCCACAAGUAUGGCCCUAUAGUCACCCUCCACAUCGGGUCACGACCAUCGAUCUUCAUCACCAACCACUCCCUUGCCCACCAAGCCCUCAUUGAGAACGGUGCUACCUUUGCGGACCGCCCACCAGGCAUGUCCAUCAGUCGCAUUAUCAACGGCAAUCAUCACAACAUCAACUCCGCCCCUUAUGGCCCUAUUUGGCGGCUCCUCCGCCGGAAUCUCACCUCCGAGGUCCUCCACCAUUCACGGGUUAAAUCCUUUGCUCAAGCUCGCAAAUGGGUCUUGGAGAUGUUAACUGAAAGGUUGAAACAUCAUGUUGAAUCUGAGGAGCCCGUGCGAGUCAUGGAUCAUUUUCAGUACACCAUGUUUUCCUUGCUGGUCCUCAUGUGCUUAGGGGAAAAACUCGAUGAGAAAGUCAUUAGAGAGAUCGAAGAAAUACAGAGGACCAUGCUUGUCAAUGGGAGAAGAUUUAGAGUAUUUCUUUUCUUCGGAAAAUUGGGGAAAAUGGUAUUCAGAAAACGCUGGCACCAGUUGCUUGAGAUGCGCCGCAGACAAGAAUCUGUUCUCAUUCCUUUAAUCCAAGCCCGCAGAGAAAGAAAGGAGAAGAAACGAGAGAACCCAGAUGAAUUUGUAGUCUCUUACGUUGAUACACUAUUUGAUCUUCAAAUCCCGGACGAAGGAGGACGAAAGCUCUCCGAGGAAGAAAUGGUGACUCUCUGCUCGGAGUUUCUAAGCGCCGGCACUGACACGACAUCUACGGCGUUGCAGUGGAUCAUGGCAAACCUGGUGAAGCACCAAGAAAUCCAAGAAAAGCUCUACUAUGGAAUCGAAGGAGCUGUUAGUUCAGGAGAAAAGAAGAUCAAAGAAGAGGAUUUGCAGAAGAUCCCAUAUCUGAAGGCAAUAGUGUUGGAAGGGUUGAGGCGACACCCACCAGGUCACUUCGUGCUGCCACAUACUGUCACUGAAGAUAUUGUGUUGGACGGACAUGUUAUACCAAAGAAUGCUACGGUGAAUUUUAUGGUUGCUGAGAUGGGGUGGGACCCAAAAGUUUGGGAAGAUCCAAUGGAGUUCAGGCCAGAGAGAUUCUUGAGCAACGAUGGGGAAGUCUUCGAUAUAACAGGGAGUAGGGACAUUAAGAUGAUGCCAUUUGGUGCAGGCAGAAGGAUUUGCCCUGGAUUAGGAUUAGCUUUACAUCACUUGGAGUAUUUUGUGGCGAAUUUGGUCAGAGAUUUCAAAUGGAGGACCGUGGAAGGUGAUGAUGUUGACUUGUCAGAGAAGCAAGAGUUCACAGUCGUGAUGAAGAACCCACUACGGGCCUAUAUCGCUCCAAGGGUAAAAUAAGAGAUCUUUGGGCUAGUUCAUUACUCAAUCUUUAGAAUUCACAAACCUGUGUGGUAUGUUAAUCAAAAUAACCUCCCCCAUACGGCGAGUGGUGACUUGAAUUCUAGAUGAUAAGUGUGGUUAUUUAUCUUUUUUUUUUGGUCUCUGUUCAUACUAUUUUAUCCGUAUUUUGUCUAUACUUUGGGAAAAA